AUGGAUGACUCAACAAACAAUGAACUAACUCCUUCAAGGAUGAAAGAAACCCCUGAAGAAGCAAUCGCACGUAUCGAUACAGUUUUUGAAUUUAAACAACGCGGAUCUGAUUCUUUACUUGUCUUAAUGCAACAGGAACUAGAAGGUCUGCAAAAGCAAUUUGAAUCUAAGUCCGAUGACAUGAAGAAGUUCUUCACUCUUUUCUCACAGUAUCUCAGAACACGCUCAAAUAAACUAGAUUGGGAGAAGAUAGCUCCGCCUCCAAAACCAAUGAUUAUAGAUUACGAGGCAUCAUCUCCCCCUGCUGCUGAGAAUAUUGCCGAUCUCUUAUCUAAACUAGCUGUUUUGAAACUCAACGGCGGCCUAGGCACUAGUAUGGGCUGUACUGGCCCUAAAAGUGCUAUUGAGGUCAAAGAUCACCUUAACUUCAUCGACCUUUCUGUCCGACAAAUUGAACACCUUAACUCUGCCUACGGCACAGAAGUCCCCAUUAUUCUGAUGAACAGUUUCAACACCAGCAAACAAACGGCUAAGUUAAUCAGUAAGUACAAAAAUGUCUGGACUUUUGAACAAAGUGCGUUCCCUAGAAUCUAUUCGGAUACUUUAUUGCCUGUCUUAUCUGAUAGUACUAAUCCAGCCAGUGCCCAGGAAGGAUGGUACCCACCCGGUCAUGGUGAUCUUUUCUCUUCCCUCCAAGAUUCAGGUAUGCUAGAUAAAUUACUAGCCGAAGGUAAGGAGUACCUCUUUGUAAGUAACAUUGAUAAUCUCCGCUCAGUAGUUGAUUUAGCUAUUCUAAACUACAUUACAAGUGAAAAGAUAGACUUUCUCAUGGAAGUCACUGAAAAGACGCGAGCUGAUAUUAAAGGUGGGACUUUAGUUGAUUACAAUGGAGAACUCCGACUUCUGGAAAUAGCCCAAGUCCCAGAGUACCACAAAACCGACUUCACUAGUAUUCGUAAAUUCAAGAUCUUCAAUACUAACUCCCUUUGGAUCAGUCUUAAAGCCAUCAAAGAAGUCCUUGAAUCAACCACUCUUGAACUAGAAGUAAUCGAAAACAAGAAGAAACUCUCAACUGGAGAAGAGAUUAUUCAACUGGAAACAGCAGUCGGUGCUUCAAUCAGGUACUUCUCCAACUCUAAAGGCAUGGUCGUUCCUCGUGAUCGUUUCUUACCGGUCAAAACAUGCAGCGACCUUUUCUUACUCCAAAGUUCUUUGUUCCAGCUUAAACAUGGCAGUCUUUCUGUUUCCGGCAAAAGAACCACCGAUACUAUCCCUAUCAUUCGUCUCGUCGGCAAACACUUCAAAUCCGUCAGUGAGUUUCGCAAAAGAGUCGCCGGCCCCAUUGUUAUUGAUGAUCUUGACCACCUAACUAUCAGUGGAGAUGUCAAACUCGGUCGUAAUGUAGUCCUCAAAGGCACUGUUAUCAUCAUUGCCGCCGAAGGCCAAGCCAUUUCUAUCCCAGAUGGAACUGUCCUUGAUGAUAAAAUCGUCACUGGCUCCCUCUUCAUUCUUGACCACUAA